UCUCUUCAUCCCUAACAAAUCUAUCUUCAUUUGGAAAUGGAUGGUGUCAGAGGCCAUGCGCUCUUACUUCCUUUUCCUGCACAAGGCCACAUAAAUCCUCUAAUGCAAUUAGCCAAGAUUCUCAUUGCUAACCAUUUUGUGGUAACGUUUGUUAACACAGAUUUUAUAGAGAAGCGCUUGAAUAAUAAGUCUAGUGAGUACAUGAGCUUCCAGAGCUUCCCAGAUGGUCUUCCGCCCGAACAUGGCCGCACUUUGAAAUUGCCCGAACUUUGUGAGUCCCUGCAGAAGCACGGCCCGUUUCAUGUCGAGAAUAUUGUUGAAAAGAUUAUGCAAUCACUCCGUGUGCCUCCGCUCACAAUUAUCGUUGCAGACGGAGUAUUCUCUUUUACUCAGCAGAUCGCCGACAAAUUUGGCGUACCCAGAGUUGCCUUUUGGACAACUAGUGCCUGCGGUUUCUCUGCCUAUUAUUAUAUGCCCCUUCUCAUUGAACAAGGCUAUAUCCCGCUAAAAGAUGAUAGUGGUAGCUGCAAGAACGAUGUCAUCAGUUGUAUUCCUGAAAUGGAAGCUCUGCGUGUGAAAGAUCUGCCCAGCUUUCUCACAGUAACCGAUGCUGAGGAUUAUAUGUUUCAGUACCUGCUGAGGGAGGCGCAAAACACUCACCAGGCUUCCUUGGUUUUGCUCAACACUUUUCAAGAGUUAGAAGGACCCGUGUUGAGAGAUCUGAAUGCUAAAUUCGGUAAUAAAGUGCUCUCCAUUGGUCCACUUUUGCUCAGCUCCGCAUGCUACGGGGAUUUGAUUGCCGACACAAAAAGUAGCAUAUGGAAUGAAGAAACGUCGUGUCUGGAGUGGCUGGACAAGCAACAAGAAUCAUCGGUGAUAUAUGUGUGCUUCGGAAGCAUCGCUGUGUUGUCAGACGAGGAACUUGUGGAAUUUGCGUGGGGAUUGGAGGCAAGCAAUCAGACGUUCUUGUGGGUUAUCCGCCCUGAUCUUGUCCGAGGCAGCUCUGCCGUUCUGCCCGGUGAGUUUUUGGAGAGAACGAAGGAGAGAGGCUUUUUCGUUGCCUGGGCACCGCAAAUUAAGGUUCUGUCUCAUCCCUCUGUGGGAGGAUUUCUUACUCACAGUGGGUGGAACUCCACCAUUGAAAGCAUAAGCUACGGGGUGCCCAUGAUAAGCAGUCCUUUCUUUGCAGAGCAACCGACAAACAGGAGAUUUGUAGAUGAUGUUUGGAAGGUGGGUUAUGAGAUGAGGGAGAACGUUUUAAGAGAAGAGGUGGAAGCGUUGGUGAGGAAGUUGAUGAAUUUGGGGGAGGAGCAGGGUAGAGAGAUGAGAUUUAGACUGAAAAUUCUUAAAGAGAGGGCUGUUGCUUCAGUUAAAGUCGGGGGAGCUUCUUACAAGAAUAUGCAGGAUUUUUUAAGGCAGAUGCAGAUGAAGAUGAAGAUAGGCAACUGAAACUCUCCAUGUUGCUUUAGAUUGUAUUGGCUUGUGUUCACAGUUUGUUUGUCUCUUUGAUGACUUUGUUUAAAGAAAGUCUCAAUGAUAGAGUUCACAGUUUGUUUGUCUUUUUUAUGACUUGUUUAAAGAAAGUCUAAAUGAUAGAGGAUGAAUUGGAAUAUUGAAGAA